GCCAAAAGCAACAGUCAGUCAAGAUUUCGCGUAGCAAUUUCAUCAAUCACAUCAAAUUUGACGUGCUAGAAAAAAACAGCAAUGGGCCGCAAGAAGAACAAGAAUAAGAUGGGACCAAUACUUCCUGAAAAAAAGAGUGGAAUUUCAGGAGAAAAAUUGAUAAAAGACGACAUAGAAAGUAAUAAUUCGUUGAAUUCCUCUAGUAAAUAUCCAAUUGAUAUAAUUUCUAGAUUAAGUUAUCCUUUUAUUAAACCAAGCGAAAAAGACAUUAUUUCUGAAGACGAUGAAGAAGAAUAUGAAUUUAAUUUUAGACCUCGCUUGGUUUUCUCGUGCAAUUUAUGUUUGGUCUGCUUAAAAUUUUGUGAUAGCUCAGCAUCUUGUGAAGCCUGUGGUAUGGUGUCGUAUUGCUCGGUCAAACACAGGCAAGAAAAUCUUCCACAACAUAAGGAUCUCUGUAAAGUCUUGACUGAAGUUUGUAAAACGAAUAAAGGUCUACUCUUGGCAAAAGACCUUUCUCCUGACCAAUAUCGAACAUUUCGAGUCAAAUUGAUAGAAACGAUCGAAAAAGGGUUAGGAAGAAGUUUAGAUUUGUGGGAAAAGGAAAUCAUACUCUAUCCUCGACUUUGUCGAAAAUGUCAUCAAAGAGAGGGCCUACUAUGUUGUCCUAAGUGUCGAAUGGAUGUUUAUUGUUGUGAAGAACAUCGUGGAGAUCAUGAUCAGUGGUGUGAUCAGUACCAGCUUUUUAGGAGGAUUCUUUCGAUUCAAAAAUCCCAUGGAAAUGUCGUUCCUGAACUUCCAAAUCGACGGCAUAAGGAACCCUACACCCUUCCGCAAAAUCUGGACCAUCAGAUAGCCGAACUCUUCGAGUUUUCACAGUAUUAUAAAAAAAUGGACUGCCACACGUACGCCAGUCUAUCCCAUAUUGCCACAGUACCCCUUACAACAUUAUUUGCAAUACAAAAAAGUUAUGAAAACUGGAAAACAAAAAAAGACUUUUCAGUUGACAUAAUAGGGGCCGAAUUUCAUUUCGACUGCUGGAACCUGCGCAUCUGGGAGAAAAUGUUCCUGCACUAUCUUCCGGCCUUGAACUCUCUGACCUUGACUUUUACUGGACCAGAAUUGCAAGUGCCACAAGUACUAGUAGAGAUACUUGCAAAGGUCAAGAUUUGCACUCAGUGUCGAACUUCCGGUCGCUCGAUAAGUGUCACUUUUAAUCAAGAGAAAUUGUAUCACGAGAUUGACGACUUGACGGGAUUGAAUCGACCGGAUGUCAUUUGCUUAUUUAAUCCAGGACUAUAUCGUGAAACCGGCUUUAAUGGCAGGGACACAUGGCCUUUGACGAUACGAAAAUUCUGCAAGAAGAAAAUUCCUGUUGUUAUCACUUCCUAUACGGAAAAAGAAAUUCCUCAGGAUAUUCAAAGGAUCAAGUCCGUAAGUGAUGUGGAAGUGAUUCUUGAACCGCAGAAAAAUCCUUUUGCGGCUCUUAAGCCAGAUCGAAAUUUUGUUAGUGAUGAUACUGUACCAUUGAUGUAUAAGAAUAAUUUUAUUACGAUUAUUCAAGGCAAGAUUUGAUGCAAUCUUUUUUUUAAUUUUCCAUAUAAAAUUUAAAUUCUUUCUGCCAUUCAAGCCAUCUCAAGUCUCCAGGAAAGCAAUAUUUCUUAUAAAACACAGGUUAAAAAAUUUAGGUUAGAGAUUUCUAUAGGAAUUUUCAGAAACGCCUCACCGAAGCUUUAUGCAGAAACCGUUUCUACAUUUUCCUAAACAGGGACAUAAAUUUAAGCAACGGUAACGGCAUAAAGUAUUAUUCAUAUGUUUUAGAAAAUGCUAUUACAAUUUAGUAAUUUCGAGUGACUGUAACUAAAAAUUUCAGUGGAUUAAAAAAUGUUUUCGGUUCAUUAAUUUUUAUAUAAAAUACUUAGUGUAUAUGUGUCCUGAUAAUGUGAAUAGUAAAAAAUAUAAGUAAGCUCGCGAUUUCAACACUUUUUUCAUUUUCUUCUUGUAAAAAUUUAAAAUACGUGUCACGCUUGAGUUCAACCAAACACCAUUCUUUGUCCACUUCGAACGCGAUUGAGAAGCGAGGAGAUACCGUUUGUAUGUUUGUAAUUUGCAGAUACCGUUUCUGAAUUUUAAUAAAAAUGAACUAAAUUGACUAUAAAAUUGACUGAAUUUCGUUUACAAUGAGCUAGCUUCAUGAAUUUCAGUUACUUUAGUAUCGUGAAUGUGUUGCAAUUUUCCGAACAUCUCUAAAAGUGUACGGUGCAAAAUCUCGACCAAGUGCAAUUUUGAAUAUCCUUCUUAAUUUCU